GGUGGUACUAGAAUUAAAAAAAAUAUAAAAUCUAUGCUUGAACGUUUUUUCUUAAACGGAAAUCUAAGAAGUCAGGAGAGAAUGAAUGCACAAACUAUGUAUGAUGAACUUUUAAAAUACGUUAUAACGGGAGAAAUAGAAGAGGAGGAUAUUCCAAAAACUUCAACGAUACAGAAUUGGAUAAGCUCUUACACUCAUAUUUUUGAACAAAGAGCAACAGAAGACAAACUUGAAGAUGUCGCUUCCAAAAACUAA